UUGCUCCUCCAGGCUUCUUGUUGCUGCGGGUGUUUGAGUUUGAGGCUCGGGGGAAAUAGGAGGUCUGAGAAGAGCCGGACCGGGUCUCUGGUGAAUUAAAACUGGGCGCUGUUUGAGGGGAAAAGCUCGGCGGAGCUGCUGAAUCUGAAUCUGAAAGGAUCUUCAGAUGAAGCAGGACGUAAUACAGGGAGCAUAGUGCAUAGUUGGAACACUAUUGUCAGUGCAUGCUGUUUGCUCAUGAACCCCAAUGUCAUCCUGCAUGAACCGCAUUCUCCAUCAUCUCUACUUGCUGCAUGCCUCCCGUUCAUCAGGCCUGACUAGGCCUUUCUCUUUCUGUUUGUCCUUAUUUACAUCACUAUGGGCAAAAAUGGAGCUAACAGUAACCCCCAUAAUCUCUCCUCCAAGAAAGGUUCCCCUUUCCACAAACGUGGCAUUGGACCCGGAUCUCCUUCCAGAACCUCUCGAGGUGACGGCGGCCCUGAUCCGGGCAGGGAAGUGGAGCGACUCCAGGCUGCUCUGGAGGUGGAGCGCGGCCGGAACCAGCAGGCGCGGCGGCGCUUUUCUCUGGAGCUUCGUCGGCAGAGAGACGAGGCGAGAGAGGAGCGAGUGCGGGCGUUGAAAGAGCUGACCUCCAGGCACGAGCAGCAGAAGGCUCUAGAGCUGCUGCGGCAGAGGGAGGCUUUAGGACGUGAACGCUCGGCGGAAAUCCGGCGCCUGCAAGGCCGGCAGAGUCGGCAAGUCCAGGAUUGGCAAAGUCUUCACUGUGUUACUCUCAAUAAGGCUGGGGAGCUUCACCGCAGGCUUGCCGAUGAUAUCUCUGGCAUCCUAAAACCUGCGUCACAGGGGAAAGCAGGCAAGAUCGAACCCUGGUGCGAGGGGAACGGCACCAUCUACCGUAAACUGGAGGAGCUGUUGAAGGUGCUGCAUGGGGAGGCAGAAGGGGAGCAGGCUGUGCUGCUUCAGCGCCUCCGUCACGAAGUGGAGCUGGAGAAGAGCUUCUUCCUGUGCCACUUGUUAGAGGCACAUGGGCUCCCUGCGCAAGACAAGAAGAUUUUAGGAAAGAAGCAGGACGGUCAGAAAGGACGUUCUUCCAAGGGCUCCAGGCUGAGAUCGAAGAGCUGUGUGCAGUUCCAGAGUGGCUCUCCGAAACGCAGUGAAUCGUUUAGCAAGAGGAAACCUCCAGUCGCACGUUCACGCUCACUGUCCCAGCAACCUCAGAGUUCCUCACCUUCGCCUAUGAGAACGAACAAGCAGGACAAGCAGGAUAAGCAGGACAAGGACUCGGGGCAAACUACCAGCUCCUCUUCACCUGUGGAACACAAGAACAGCAAGGGGGAGCUUCCAGAAGCCUCCCCUGACCACAGUUCCCCCGAUGUCGGUUGGGAUAUCGAGAGCUCCAGCCCGUCUCUGGAGAAGUUGUCUCCAUCCAGAUGUUCCGAAGACAAUAUGGAAGACCUGAACGGCACGGAUUACGACUUCCUGGUGCGGCAGAACUCUGAGCUUCUGAGGGCGCUGGAGGAUCUGGAGAAGACAUGUUCCACACUCAGAGAGGAGAACAUACUUCUGCGUAAGAGCAGUUGUCCUGAGACGGAGGAGAAGGUGAAGAGGCUGAGGAGGAAGAACACUGAGCUGGCGGUCAUCGCUAAGCGCCUGGAGGACAGGGCACGGAAGCUGCAGGAGGCUAACCUUAAAGUGGUGAAUGCUCCUCUCCCGGUGAAGCCGGGUGCAGUAGAGCAGUAUAAGCGGGCGUUUGCAAGGCAGCGGGCAAGAGAUCUGGCUCAGCAUGCAGACACACUCCUCUCCAAAGACAAAGAAAUCGCCGCCCUGCAGCAGGAGUGCCGGAGACUGGAGGCCAGGACAGGACUGGGAAAGGGUGUUCCUGGGCUGGCGGGAGCAGGAGAGUUCGAGCGGCUGCUGAAAGAGUCUCAGAAGGAGGUUCUGCGUCUGCAGAGGCAGCUCUCGGUCAGCUCAGCUCGAGAACAGGCAGCUCCAGCAGAAACAGCUCCAGAGGAAGACGUGCAGGAAGAUGACCGGGUUGUGUGUGAAACCCCGUCCCCAGUAUUAGAUGAGGCCCCUGUUAAAGGGGAGAAGACUCCUGGAGAGGAGGAGGAGGAGUCUAGAACACAAGUGACGGUUAAGCAGGACAGUCAUCAGGAGGAGUGCACGCAGGAGGAGCGGCUGCAGUUUCUGGAAAGUGAGCUGAGCAAGAAGAGAAAAGAAUGUGAAGGCCUUGAGCAUGAAGUAAGGAAGAGGCAGAAAAGAUGUCUCGAUUUGGAGAGCCAGCUUGAGGAUGAGCGCAGCAGAAAUGCGCUCUUAACAGAGGAGGCUGAACUCCUCAGGAGGAAGGCUCAGCUGCUUGACCAGUCUCAGGUUGAGAAUGAGGAGCUGAGGGAGGAGCUCUCUGCAGUGAGCGCUCAACACAGUUCAGUUCUCGAGGAGAACCAGAAACUCCGUGCCAAACUGGAGAACCUAGAGCAGGUCCUAAAGCAUAUGCGAGAGGUCGCAGAGCGCAGGCAGCAGCUGGAACUGGAGCAUGAGCAGGCGUUGGCUAUCCUCAAGUUCAAGCAAGACGAGAUCAAACGACUUCAGCGGGCUCAGUUAUUUGCCAAGAGGGAACAUGAAGGGGUUGUACAAAUGUUGGAGAGCACACUGGACUGCAUGCAGUCGAAGGUGCGGGAGUUGGAGGAUAAAUGCCGGAAUCAGAGCGAGCAGUUCGGGCUGCUCUCUCAGGAGCUGGAUAAAUUUCGGCAGCAGGCCUCCAAGAUCGACCUGUCCGCCCCCAGCCUGCUGAGCCACAGCCUGUCCCAGCUCCCCAACGGCAUCGGCCUGACCGGAGACACCGGCACUAGUGCCUCAUGGGACGACAUCGCCUUCUGGAGUCUGGAGGGUAACGAGGCCCUCUGUGACGCUUCUGAGCAGGAUGUUGCUGCUGUACUACGCGCCGGCUCCACUCCCCACGCGGCAGGCCUCUCCCGGCCCGAGCGCUCCCCAGCUACAAAGCACCGGGAGCUGCCCAGCCUCAGCCUGAAGUCCACCUCUACCUCCAGCCCUUCACCACCCAAAUCCGAGACCACGCACCUUUCCCCUAAAUCAGCCGCCGUCUCGCGGCCCGUCAGCCCACGCAGGGCCAGCCCCACACAUGAGGUGGACACUGCUAGUGAGGUGGAGGAGCUGGAUAUUGAUGUGUCUCCAGCACCAGUGUCAGUAAGUCGAGGACCUGCUAAACUCCAGGUCUUCAUUGCCCGGUACAGCUACAACCCUUACGAUGGUCCUAAUGACAACCCGGAGGUGGAGCUGCCCCUCACAGCUGGUGAAUACAUAUACGUGUAUGGGGACAUGGACGACGAUGGAUUUUAUGAAGGUGAGCUGAUGGAUGGACGUCGAGGCCUGGUCCCGUCCAACUUCGUGGAGCGUGUCUCGGACGACGACGUCAUGAGCGCGCACCACCACGAGGCCGGAGACCUUUCACACAACUCCUUCCAGGAGAGCAGCUUCCACAGCGGCAGUGAGAGGCUGCACCAGCACCACUUGCGCUUCGCCCACAGUGCCUCCGAGAGGUCGGAGGCCUCGGCCUCGGCCCCCACCCCCGCCGUCACCACCGACAGCGCCAAGGCCAACGCCCACGCCCCUAUCCUCCCCGCCACCCCCCUCACCAACGGCCUGGACCUCGACCUGGAGGAGGUGGGGGCUGACACUGUGCCUUACCCGCGCAAGAUCACGCUGAUCAAGCAGCUGGCCAAGAGCAUCAUCAUUGGCUGGGAGCCACCGCUGGUGCCGGUGGGCUGGGGCGCCGUGUGGAGCUACAACGUCUACGUGGACCAGGAGCUGAGGCUGAACGUGCCGUUCGGAGCCCAGACCAAGGCAGUCCUGGAGAGGCUGGAGCUGGGUCAGAAGGGCUACCGUGUGGCCGUGCAGAGCCUGACGGAGCGAGGCGGGUCCGACCAGCUGCGCUGCUCCAUGCUGGUGGGCCGGGACGUCAGCGUGGCACCCACCCAGCUGCGGGUGGAGCGGGUGACGGCCACCUCCGCCUGCCUGAGCUGGCUGCCCAGCAACAGCAACUACGUGCACAUCGUCUCGCUAAAUAACGAGGAGUGCGAGCUGGUCAAGGCCGGCUGCUACUCGCUGUGCCUCAGCAACCUCACGCCCAGCCUGCACUACUGCGUCAAAGUGGAGGCCCGACCGCACCGCACGCCUUGGGAGCUGCCUGUGGAGCAGCGUGAGCGCAAGAGCGUCAUCACCUCGUUCACCACCCUAUCUGCAGGUCCCCCUGAUGCUCCUCUGGAUGUACAGCUGGAGCACGGGCCAUCUCCAGGGAUAGCACAGAUCAGUUGGCUGCCCGUCACCAUCGAUGCUGCUGGGACCUCCAACGGGGUCAGAGUCACCGGCUACACCAUCUAUGCUGACAAGAAGAAGGUGCUGGAGGUGUCCUCCCCCACGGCAGGCAGCGCUCUGAUUGGUCCGUCUCAGAUUCAGACGCUGCAGGCGGCUCGUGAGAUUACUGUUCGCACCAUGUCUCCUAAUGGCGAGUCCGUCGACUCAGCCCCCGUUAAUGUGCCAGCCAAGCUGCCUGCCAUCAUGGCUGGCACCUCCAUGCCUCUCUGCCAGUCUGUGCCAGCCCACGCCAGUGUCCUCACCGCCGGUGCCGUCACCACGGAGCCCGCUGCUAUCUGUGCCACCUCUCUGUCUGCUGCCAAAACACCCACGAUGCCACUCAGCUCUGUCCCAGACGCACAUUCCUCUGGUUCAGUCAGGGGGAUCUACACCAACAUGGCCAAAGCCACCGACGAUGCCCCCCUGCCCGCCGCCACAAUUGUUGAGGCGUGGGCAAACCCUGCGCCGGUUGCACCCCUUGCCGUCACUGUGGCUGUGCAGGAGGCGCGGCCUGUUCCUGUUGCCAAUUCUAACCCACUGCAGGUUAGUGUGCCUGUACCCGUGGUUGUGCCCGUUCCUGUGCCAGUUCCAGGACCUGCACUCGUAGCUGUUCCACUGGCAGCGACAUCUCCAGCCCCUGUGCAGCCCAGCGUUAUGCCUGCAGUGACUCCGGCAGCAGAGACCAGCAGAGACACAGAUAGCCCAAGGCCCAUCCGUGCAGUUGCCUCCAUCUCAGACUUCCUGGAGGACGCCCGUGCCAAGCUCCACACGCCCCCACCCGCCCCCAACAUGCCCAAAGUUAACACUACAGGACCGGAUCUUCUCAACCUGCCCGACACGCACCCUCUCCGGCCCCCAAACCCCUCACCACUGGAGUCAGAGCCGGAAGACGACAGGGAGAACACCCGGCUGGCCUCCAUCGAGGAGUUCCUGCGGCCCGAGCCUCAGCCUAGGAUAAAGAUAUAUGCAGGAGGUCUUAUGGACCCUCCUCCGGAUUACCCUGCAGAGAGCAGCCGGUCUGACUUGUCCGACAUCCUGGAGGAAGAGGAGGAGGAUCUGUACUCGGAGUCCACUGCUGAUGUGUCACCCAGAAAUUACAUCCCCAGGCCUGUGGGCAGGUCUGAGGUUUGGGAGCCGGACAGUGACGAGGAGGUCCUGGAGAAGAUCCUGAAGAUUCACCCUCAAGCCUUUCACAACAAGCAGUUGUUCAGCAUCCCGGAGGUGACCGAGGAGGAGGAUAACACCGACACUGAGCCGCACUGCUCCAGGCUACCGCGUACCCCGGGGCCGUUGAUGCGUAGACCCAGACUGGAAGAGAGCUACCAACGUGGACAGGAAGUUCACCGUCGCCCCCAACUUUACCGCAGAGCCGAAGUACGAGAACCAACAGCGAGAACCAGGCAAGGAGGGGCCGUGCAGGUCCGACCUCGUCCCAGAGUGCACUACGCCGAUACGGUGGACACCAUCAACUAUGAGGAGGACGAGGAGGUGGAGCUGGAUUCAGACAGCAGUCUGUACGCCGGACCCUGCAGCAGGGAGGUGACAGUGAGGAGACCGCAGCGGACGCAAUGGGACAGCGACCGACUCCGCAGGGAGGCCAUGUUGCGGAGCCAGAUGACCUCAGACCUUAUGGCAGUGCCUCCUGGAACAGCACAGGGACCCUACAUGCUCAGCAGGACUGUGCACCGCGUCAAAUCGCCCACAGGCUCUGCCGUGGAGAUCGAUGUGGAAUACGGCACGGAUGACGAGCCGGCACCUUUUGACCCCGGGGAGGUGGUGGUGGAUCAGAUGAGCUCGGAGUGGUGGGUGGAGGGUGGUAGCCACGAGUACCGCCCAACACCCUUGCCCAGACGACUAAAGCAAGAGCUUCCCGUCAUCAUGCCGUCGGGCCACCACUCGUGGGAAACAUCAAGUCGAGAUGUUCCCCUGGGCGAUGCAGGAGCUGCCUGGUGUCCCCCAAGAGAGCUUUCCCCAAAAUUGAUGCCUAGAAUGCCCAAAGAUGUGGGAGAAUCCAGGCCAGUUGGUGAAAAUGAAGUCCGGGUUUUUGUGGCCCUCUUCCCUUAUGAUCCCGUAACAAUGUCGCCCAACCGAGACGCUGCAGAGGAGGAGCUUCCCUUCAGGGAGGGCCAGAUCAUUAAGGUUUAUGGGGACAAAGACGCAGACGGGUUUUAUCGGGGUGAAUCGGGCGGCCGGCACGGUUAUGUGCCCUGCAACAUGGUGUCUGAGAUCCAGGUGGAUGACGAGGAGACCAAGGACCAGCUGCUGAGGCAGGGUUUCCUCUCCACUGAAGCCUCCAUGGAGAAGAUAGGCACGCGCUCACUCGCUCAGCUUCCGCAUCGCCCGGCCCCGCCGCCCAAACCUAGACGCUCCAAGAAAGUGGAGACAGCAGGAGUGUUUGAGGAUCAUUCCGUCAUUGAUUCCUCCAGCCAAGAUAACUCUAGACACUCUGGUGCCGCUGCCGCCAUGGGAAACCCUGGACCUCGCAGGAUGGUGGCCAUCUUUGAUUACGACCCCAGAGAAAGCUCUCCUAACGCUGACGUUGAGGCUGAGCUGACCUUUAGCGCUGGAGACAUCAUCUACGUGUUUGGAGAUAUGGAUGAUGACGGGUUCUUUUAUGGAGAUUUAAAUGGGCAGAAAGGUCUGGUGCCCUCCAACUUCCUCCAGGCUUUUCCAGAGACUGUGGAGGAGGCAGCAGCUGCAGCGCCGGUGGAACACCCUGUAGCUGAACCCCGGAGAGAUUCACAGGUGAGCUGCUCUGUAAUGUUGGAGCAGACAGAUGCUGUACCGCCCGCUCCUUCAGAGGAGAGUCCUGCAGCCCAGUCAGAACCCAACCAGCACCCUGACCUGCACCCUAACCAGCACCCUGAACAACACCUUAACCCAAAACCAGACUCCGUCCACGGCUUAGGCCCCUCAGCGCCCUGCUUUCUUCAGCCUACAGACUCCUUCAGUCCCACUGUCUCCGAUUGCUCCCCGCCGGAGAAAAAGAAGAAAGGCUUCUUCUCUAAAGGCAAGAAACUCUUCAAGAAGUUGGGCUCCAGUAAGAAGGAAUGAAGGAGCGUGAAACUGGACUGUUAUCUCCACUAAUAAUUCGCUAAUUGCACUUUUUCCUGUUGAUGCUGGUGUGUCUGUGUGUGGUAAAUGAUUGGCUGGUUUGUGUGGGUGAUUGGGGAAGUUGCACUGGAACAAUGUUUUAUAUUGUAUUAUAGAGAGAGAGGAGGAGUGCUUGGGUUCGUAUGUUCGUUGUUGGUCUCUUCACGCUGCCACGUGAUAAGGGUGAGCUUCUUCUCGCUUUGCUUGGAGACCAAAUGAUUACAAGCGAUGUGCUUGAGCAGGAGUCCAGCACAGUAAUAAGACUCCUGUCAUUGUGACUUGAGUUGCGUCCUCUUUGAUUUCUCAAUUUCCUUGUUGAAUCACACUCAGUCAACUUGUCUUCAGGUGGAAGUGGUCAUUCUCAGCUUUUAGCCAACACAUCCCUUCGGUCAGAGCUGUACAACAUAACAUACAGACAGUUACAGCACCAGUUACCACAGAAAACCCAUUGAUUCAUAACAUUAACACACACUAACCCACUUGUUUCUACACUAAGGCCCAGUCCCUUUUAUCUUUUGAGUUUAACUCCUACCCAUGGAACAGAGUUACAUAACUACAAAUGGAAGCCCUUAAAGCAGCCGAUAUAGAUAUACAGCUCUGGAAAAAAUAAAGAGAUCGGUUUCUCUGAUUUAGCUUUUUAUAGGUAUAUAUUUGAGUAAAAUGAACAUUGUUAUUUUAUUCUAUAAACUACAAACAACAUUUCUUCCAAAUUUCAAAUGAAAAUAUUGUCAUUUAGAGCAUUUAUUUGCAGAAAAUGAGAAAUGGCUGAAAUAACAAAAAGAUACAGAGCUUUUAGACCUCAAAUAAUGCAAAGAAAACAAGUUCAUAUUCAUAAAAUCUUAAGCAUUCAGAAAUCAAUAUUUGGUGGAAUAACCCUGGUUUUAAUCACAGUUUUUUUAUGCUUCUUGGCAUGUUUUCCUGGUCUUACUUAUACUGCUGGUGCAAAAAUGCAAGCAGUUCAGUUUGGUUUGAUGGCUUGUGAUCAUCCAUCUUCCUCUUGAUUAUAUUCCAGAGGUUUUCAAUUUGAUAAAAUCAAAGAAACUCAUCAUUUUUAAAUGGUGUAUUUUUUUUUUCCAGAGCUGUAUAGAAGUAGAGUACAGUUAACUUUAGGGCAUAUAGUUAAACUAGUUAACUUUAGGGCAUAUUUUAUCGUAUGUCUUCAGAAAAUGAGCAAAUGGUGCAGCAUUUAAUUAUUAUUAUCCAUUCCUUAAUUUCUCUGCAAUGGGGAGCUGAAAUUAGCUUUUAAAUUAGCCUUUCUUUUAUUUUCCUAGUCUACUGUACUGUAGUCUACAGAAAAAAAGAUCUACAUUCAUCAGAUUGAAAACCACCAACCUAUCUCUACAAAACCCUCAUUAACACUAACCAGCAAGCAUAGUCCAUUAAAGGUGCUGAAGAUGUAGCUGGAAGAGCUAUUUAGAAGCUAUAUUUGUAUAUGAACUGAAUGUCGCUACAUAAUGUUAUUCUACAAUAAUGUUAUGUUACUAAUUUAGCCUAUGAUGCUAGUGCUAAUGCUAAUCUGGGUGUCUGGAGCUCCAUGGCAUGUGUAUUAUGUCAUCUGAACACAUCCAUAACAUGGUUAGUCAGUUGUUACAGCACUGUAUGUAUAAGUCACUGCUGUGUAGAUGAUGGGUGAAAUUUACAACAGUAGAACAGGCUGUAUUUGGGCCUGGGAAUGUGAAUGUUAAGCCCUAUCUGGAUGGGAUAAUGUGAAAAAUAUUUCAGACUUCUACUCUUGCAUCCAGACAGCAAUUGAAAAACAGGAGGAGCAGUGAGUUUUUUAGCUUUUUGGUCACAUGAUGUCAGGUUCAGUAGCUCCUCCAGUUCCACUCACUGUUGUGUUUACAUGGAUCUCCAUGGAAACGUGCACCCAAAGUGUAAUUACUGUGCGUGGCACACACCUGAGGACCACGUAGUUCAGUAAAAAACAGUAGGUAAUUCAGCCUGUAAUUUUUUUCCAGAGGACGUCUGAGAAAAACACAUACAUGGUCGUUCUGGACAAGAAUAAAAUCUCAAA